UCCUGGAUCUCUGGAGGAGCAACAAGGGAACAGCAGCUCUGCUGAAGAGAACCGAUCAGCAGAGGGCAGCACACCUGAGAAGGUUCCUAGGCCACACCGGGGUCCAGGAGGCCCUACAGGAUGCCAGGAUGGCGUCGCUGCUGCCCCCUGUUGGAGUGGAAUUGUUCCGACGCUUCACGCCGGCGUCUCUGGAGGAAAUCCAGCGCCGACACGACGCCGAGGAGGCGGAGCUUCAGAGGAGGACGGAGAAGAACAUCCAGAUCACAGAGGAAGACCUUCCUAAACCCGCCAGUGACCUGGAGGCCGGGAAGUCCCUUCCCUUCAUCUUCGGAGACCCGCCCCCCGAACUCCUCAACACCCCGUUGGAGGAGCUGGAUCCCUUCUACCAAUCACAGAAGACGUUCAUCGUGCUCAGUAAGGGGAACGUCCUCUACAGGUUUAACGCUGAUCCGGCCGUUUACCUGCUGGAUCCAUUCAGCCGUCUGAGACAGGCCGCCAUCCGGAUCCUCAUCCAUUCGUUGUUCAGUUUGUUCAUCAUGGUGACGAUUCUGACCAACUGUGUUUUCAUGACGAUGAGUGACCCGCCCCCCUGGAGCAAGACUGUGGAAUACGUGUUCACCGGCAUCUACACGUUUGAAGCGUCCGUCAAAGUUCUGUCCCGAGGAUUCUGUCUGGGAAAGUUCACGUUCCUGAAGGAUCCGUGGAACUGGCUGGACUUCAUGGUCAUCAGCAUGGCAUAUCUGACAGAGUUCGUAGAUUUGGGAAACGUUUCUGCGCUGAGGACGUUCAGAGUUCUACGAGCCUUGAAGACGAUCACGGUCAUCCCGGGUCUGAAGACGAUCGUGGGCGCUCUGAUCCAGUCCGUGAAGAAGCUAGCCGACGUCAUGAUCCUGACCGUGUUCUGCCUCAGCGUCUUCGCUCUGAUUGGUCUGCAGCUUUUCAUGGGGAACCUCAAACAGAAAUGUGUCCGGUCCAUGUUCAACUCCACCGGUUGGCAUGACAACUCCACCGGUUGGCAUGACAACGACACCGACGUCCACUUUGACUUCCAUCAGCACAUCAACAACCCGGAAAACUAUUACUACCUUCCUGGAACGAUCGAUCCGCUGCUGUGUGGGAACAGCUCUGACGCCGGGGUCUGUCCGUACGGCUACGUCUGCAUGAAGGCGGGGAGAAACCCCAACUAUGGCUACACCAACUACGACACGUUUGGUUGGGCGUUCCUGGCUCUGUUCCGACUCAUGACUCAGGACUUCUGGGAAAACCUCUUCCAAAUGACGUUAAGAGCGGCCGGUAAAACCUACAUGAUCUUCUUCGUCUUCAUCAUCUUCCUGGGCUCCUUCUACCUGAUCAACCUGAUCCUGGCCGUGGUGGCCAUGGCCUACGCCGAGCAGAACGAGGCGUCCAUCGCCGAGGCCAAGCAGAAGGAGGAGGAGUACGCCGAGAUCAUGGAGCUGCUGAAGAAACGACGAGAGGAGCAGGAGAUCAGCAAGAUGGCUCUGAUUGAGAAAGGAAACGAGGAGAUCCACGACCCCACAGCUAUGGAAGACCUGGAGGAGGACCGGCGGCCAUGUUGUCCCUGCUGGUAUUCCUUCGCUAACGUCUUCCUGAAGUGGGACUGUUGCGGCUGCUGGAUUCGGCUGAAGAAAGUGCUCUUCAUCGUCGUCAUGGACCCGUUCGUCGACCUGGCCAUCACCAUCUGUAUCGUCCUCAACACCGUCUUCAUGGCCAUGGAACAUUACCCGAUGACCGAGGAGUUCGAGGAGGUUCUGACUGUCGGGAAUCUGGUUUUCACAGGGAUCUUCACGGCUGAAAUGGUCCUGAAGCUUCUGGCCAUGGACCCGUAUAACUACUUCCAGGUGGGCUGGAACAUCUUCGACAGCAUCAUCGUCACCAUGAGUCUGGUGGAGCUGGGAUUGGCCGACGUCCAGGGUCUGUCUGUGCUGCGCUCCUUCCGAUUGAUGCGAGUGUUUAAGCUGGCCAAGUCGUGGCCGACCCUCAACAUGCUGAUAAAGAUCAUCGGGAACUCGGUGGGAGCUCUGGGGAACCUGACUCUGGUCCUCGCCAUCAUCGUCUUCAUCUUCGCCGUGGUGGGCAUGCAGCUGUUCGGGAAGAACUACAAAGACUGCGUGUGUCGCAUCUCGUCGGACUGCGAGCUUCCUCGCUGGCACAUGAACGACUUCUUCCACGCCUUCCUCAUCAUCUUCAGGGUCCUGUGCGGCGAGUGGAUCGAGAACAUGUGGGACUGCAUGGAGGUUUCUGGACCGGCCAUGUGUCUGAUCGUCUUCAUGAUGGUGAUGGUGAUCGGGAACCUGGUGGUCCUGAACCUGUUCCUGGCGCUGCUCCUCAGCUCCUUCAGCGGUGAUAACUUGGCGGCUCCAGAGGAAGAUGGAGAAAACAACCUCCAGAUCGCCAUAAACCGGAUCAACCGGGGCUUGGCCUGGACCAGAUCCUGGAUCCUGCAGCAGAUCUGGACCCUGCUGGGGAAGAAGACCAGCCUGGACCUGGAGAACAAGGAGGUCAAAUCUGACGAAGACACCAAGUGUCAGGAGGUUUUGGUUCUGAGUGUCGUUGCCUCGGACCAGCCGACACCCACCGGUUACUACGGCAACAACGGCCAGAACAUCCCGUCCCUGAAGGUUCCCAUCGCCGAGGCCGAGUCCGACUGUGAGACGGAGGAGAACGAAGACGAGGAAGUGGAGGACGAUGAAGAAGAGCAGCUCUCUCAGGGUGACGAGUCGUCGGUUUGCAGCACCAUUCAGAAGCUUCCUUCGGUCCACGAGGAGGAAGACGAGGAUGAAAACGACCCCAACACGCCUGAGAACUGCUUCAGUGACAAGUGCUACCGUCGUUGUCCUCGGCUGGACGUGGACACAUCUGAGGGACGAGGGAAGAUCUGGUUCAACGUGAGGAAAACCUGCUUCACCAUCGUAGAACACAAUUACUUUGAGACGUUCAUCAUCUUCAUGAUCCUGCUGAGCAGCGGAGCGCUGGCCUUCGAGGACAUCUACAUGGAGCAGCGGCCGGUCAUAAAGAUCAUCCUGGAAUACGCGGACCAGGUUUUCACCUACGUGUUCGUGGUGGAGAUGCUUCUGAAAUGGACGGCCUACGGGUUCCAGACGUACUUCACCAACGCCUGGUGCUGGCUGGACUUCCUCAUCGUUGACGUGUCUCUGGUCUCCUUGACUGCCAACAUCCUGGGAUACUCUGAACUGGGAGCCAUCAAGUCUCUGAGGACGCUGAGGGCCCUGAGGCCCCUGAGGGCCCUGUCCCGGUUCGAGGGCAUGAGGGUCGUAGUCAACGCCCUGGUCGGCGCUAUCCCCUCCAUCUUCAACGUGCUGCUGGUGUGUCUGAUCUUCUGGCUGAUCUUCAGCAUCAUGGGGGUGAACCUGUUCGCCGGGAAGUUUUACUACUGUUUCAACGAGACGUCGGAGGAGUAUUUCUCCCCCGAGGACGUCAACAACAAGACGCAGUGCCUGGAACUGAUGGAGUAUAACUUCACCGAGGUUCGCUGGAAGAACGUGAAGGUGAACUUCGACAACGUGGGGAUGGGAUAUCUGUCGCUGCUGCAAGUGGCCACAUUUAAAGGGUGGAUGGAGAUCAUGUAUGCAGCGGUGGACUCCAGAGAGGUGGAGUCCCAGCCCGAGUACGAGGCUAACCUCUACAUGUACCUGUACUUCGUCUGCUUCAUCAUCUUCGGCUCGUUCUUCACCCUCAACCUCUUCAUCGGAGUCAUCAUCGACAACUUCAACCAGCAGAAAGCCAAGCAGGGAGGAACUGACCUGUUUAUGACGGAAGAGCAGAAGAAAUAUUACAACGCCAUGAAGAAACUGGGAUCCAAGAAACCUCAGAAACCUGUUCCCCGACCCAAGAACAAGUUCCAGGGUCUGGUGUUCGACCUGGUGGGUAAACAGUUCUUCGACAUCUUCAUCAUGGUGCUGAUCUGCCUGAACAUGGUGACGAUGAUGGUGGAGACGGACGACCAGAGCCCGGAGAAGGAGUACAUCCUGUACUGGAUCAACCUGGUCUUCAUCGUCAUCUUCACGUGCGAGUGUUCGCUGAAGCUGCUGGCGCUGCGACACCACUACUUCUCCGUGGGCUGGAACAUCUUCGACUUCGUGGUGGUGAUUCUGUCCAUCGUAGGUCUUCUCCUGGCCGACAUCAUAGAGAAAUACUUUGUUUCUCCGACUCUGUUCCGCGUCAUCCGAUUGGCUCGUAUCGGGCGGGUCCUGCGUCUGAUUCGCGGAGCUAAAGGGAUCCGGACGCUGCUGUUCGCCCUGAUGAUGUCACUUCCUGCCCUGUUCAACAUCGGCCUGCUGCUUUUCCUCAUCAUGUUCAUCUUCUCCAUCUUCGGCAUGUCCAACUUCGCCUACGUGAAGAAAGAGUCGAUUAUCGACGACAUUUUCAACUUCCAGAGCUUCGGAAACAGCAUGAUCUGCCUGUUCAUGAUCACCACGUCGGCCGGCUGGGACGGCCUGCUGAGCCCCAUCAUGAACACACCCCCCGACUGUGACCCGGAUAUAGAGAACCCCGGAUCACAGGUGCGAGGGAACUGCGGCAGCCCCGGCGUCGGCAUCGUCUUCUUCUCGUCCUACAUCAUCAUGUCGUUCCUGGUCGUGGUCAACAUGUACAUCGCCAUCAUCCUGGAGAACUUCAACGUGGCCACGGAGGAGAGCGGCGACCCGCUGUGUGAGGACGACUUUGAGAUGUUCUACGAGACGUGGGAGAAGUUCGACCCCGACGCCUCGCAGUUCAUCAAGUACAGCGAGCUCUCCGACUUCUGCGACACCCUCCAGGACCCGUUGAAGAUUCCCAAACCCAACACCUUCAAGCUGAUCCACAUGGACCUUCCUCUGGUUCCAGGAGACAAGAUCCACUGCCUGGACAUCCUGCUGGCCCUCACCGCAGAAGUCUUGGGCGAUUCCGGAGCAAUGGACACACUAAAGGCCAGCAUGGAGGAGAAAUUCAUGGCCAACAACCCCUCAAAGGUGUCGUACGAGCCGAUCAGCAGCACCUUGAGGAGGAAGCAGGAGGAGUUAGCCGCUUCGGUGAUCCAGAGAUCCUACAGGAAACAUCUCCUGCAGAGAACCAUCCGCCUGGCCUCCUACACCUUCAGGGAGAAGAAGAACCGGGAUCUGGGGAAGAAUAACGCUCCUCAAGACCAGCUAACUCCUCCGGAGACCGAGGGACUGCUCUGUGAGAGGAUGAAUCAGCUGUACGGAGGUCCAGGUGGUUCACAGGAACCUCCUCGUGGUACAGAAGGUCCACAGGAACCUCCUCGUGGUCCAGAAGGUCCAGAGGAACCUCCUCGCUUCAAGGUGCAGCUGGAGAGCGACUUCCUCCUCCACGCUGCUCCUCCUUCUCACCAACCAAACCUUCAACAGGACGAGAACCUCAGGGAGUCGACCGUCUGA